CAGGGGACUCUGCCCGGGCGGCCACCGCUGGCCUGGCCCCUGCCAAAGGGCAGGACCAGCCCCUGUAAAGGCAGCGGUGACAGAGCUCAGGCUCAGUUCUGUCACUGGAAUUGCCAGUGGAGAGAUCUCAGAGCUCAGGCUCAAUUCUGUCACUGGAAUUGCCAGUGGAGAGAUCUCCUGGAGCAGACAGGAGCUGAAAGGAGUGGAAGAUCCCCUGGAGCGGAGUGCAAGGGUGCUCCGUGCUCCUUGGAAGAUGGAUUAUGCCAAAUCCCUGAGCCAGCGCCUGGCUGUCCCCGUCUCCAAAUGUGUCUCAGCCAGUGCCUCCAUGACCCAGCAGCUGCUGGCGGGCCCGGCCCCACCGCCCCGGCCCUACCGCGUGUGCAACUGGGACCGCAGCCUGCGCAAGGGCGUCAUGGCCCCGAGCCUCGCCGAGCUGCUGCGCCAGGCUCAGAGCGCCCUGGCCCUGCCGGCGCCCAUCGUGCUGGUGCUGGACGAGGACGGCACCGCGGUGGAGACGGAGUCGUUCUUCCGGACGCUGGAGGAGGGCACGGCACUGAUGGCCCUGAGCAAGGAGCAGACCUGGACUGCCCCCAAGACACGUGGCUACCAGGUGAGCCUGUCCCGCAAGCCCCCGCGCAGGAUCGACGUCGCCUGCGUCACCUUCGACCUGUACAAGACCAACCCGAAGGACCUGGGCUGCCUCAACGUCAAAGCCACCCUGUAUGGCACCUACAGCAUGUCCUAUGACCUGCGCUGCUACGGGGCCCGGCGCCUGGUGAAGGAAGCCCUGCGCUGGACGCUGUUCACCAUGCAGGCCACGGGCCACGUCCUGCUGGGCACCUCGUGCUACAUGCAGCAGCUGCUGGACGCCACCGAGGAGGAGCAGAAGGAAGAGGAGAAGAGCCCUGUCCCCCUUCAGAACCUCCUGCCCCGCAGCCUCCCUGCCCUACCCUACAAGAAGAUGCUGCAGUGAGGGCUGGCUGGCCUGGCCUGUCCCCUCCUCUGUCCCCCCAGCCCUCGGGGGUCCCAGCACCCCACUAGGUCAAUGCCUGGGCAGAGGCUGCCGUGGUGGCACAACCUCUCCUUGCACUCCGCUGGCUGAGUGUGGCCAGAUCUGCUCUGGAAUAGCUGCUGCUCUGUAAAUAUAUUUAUUUAAGUCAAGUUCUCCUGCA